AUGGACUCGCGCGCCGUAGACGGCGCAGGCGGGGGUCCCGACGCCUCCUCCCCGGCCGAUCCGCCGAUCCCCGAGGCCGAUCCGGCCGCGGGAGCGAUGGACGCGUGCCUCCCGGCGGACCUGCUUCGCGCCGUGCUGCAGAGGCUGCCGCCGAUCGACCUCGCGCGGUCCGCCUGCGUCUGCCGCGCGUGGCGCGCGGUUGCCUCCGACCGCGCCGUGCUCGAGGCCGCCUUCUGCGCGCCCUGGGGCGUGCGGCGCGUCGUCGGCGAGCCGGCGACGGGGGCCUUCUGGCGAGCCGCCUCCCUCGGGAGAUUCGCGCUGUCGCAUGCCGUCCGCCGCGGGGAUACUGUCCCCGGCGUCGCUCUGAAGUACUCCGUGCAGAUGACAGAUAUCAAACGAUUCAACAACAUGAUGAGUGACCAUGGCAUCUACUCGAGGGAGAGGCUUCUGAUUCCGAUCAGCAACCCAGAAAUCCUUAUGGGCAGCACCUGCUACAUCGAGAUGGACCAUAAUGCCAAGAGAGAGGUUGCAAUCUUUUACCCUGAGGGACGCCCAGGUGGCAAAACUGAAUCCGUGGCAAGCAUUGUUGCUGCAGAGAGGCGAAGCCAAAGGAUUCUCGAGUCGGUGAGGCGGAGCCUGCACGUCGACGAUGGGACUGCUGCGUACUACUUAUCUGUUACUGAAGGUGAUCCGAGAGCUGCCAUGAUGGAGUACUCUGAGGACCUGAGGUGGGAGCAGCAACGCGCAGGGCGGUAG